AUGGAAUCCCUGCCUUCAAAUGCUGUCAGUUUUGAACAGGCACGCAGACUCUGUGCCAGGUUAGGCGAUGGUCACGUGCAUCCCGUGCUUGACUGCACCAGAUUUAUAAAGUGUGUUCAAGGUCGAGCUGACCUACAAAGGUGUCCACGUGGUCUGUACUUUAACCCACUUUCAGCAGCAUGUGACGCGUUGUCUAUAAAUAGAUGCAGCGAGUAUUCACGAGUCACUGAUCAUAAACCUAAUCCAACAAAAAACGAAAUCCAAGUUUCACCAAACUCUAAAUUUGAGACUCUACAAAAGUCUUCAGGAAAUGGAGGAUCGAACCCACGUUCAGUUUCCGGAGUGCGGAAUUACAGAAAAAUAAACAAUGAAAAUAAACCUGUAAGAAAUCCAUACGUACAAACAAACAACAAUGAAAACCGUAGAAACGGCAGGAUAAAAAACGCCAUUAAACAAGACAACUUGCGAUACUCCGUAUCUUCACACUGGAGUAACAACAACAUCCCACAACAAUUAACUUUUCAACCCGCUAAGAAGGUUCAACCCGCCAACCCGAACAUACCCCCACGAAGGGAAAACCCCUCUGUCUUCCAAUAUGGGGAAUCAGCUCAAGAUAAUCCUAACCUGAACUCAAAAUCCGAUAAUCCUACAGUAUUCCAAUACGGGGAAUCAGCUCAAGAUAAUCCUAACCUGAACUCUAAAUCCGAUACUUCAACAGUAUUUCAAUACGGGAGUUUAGCUCAAGAUAAUCCUAAUCUGAACUCUAAAUCCGAUACUUCAACAGUAUUUCAAUACGGGAAUUUAGCUCAAGAUAAUCGUAACCUUAACUCCAGGUCUGAUAAUCCCAAAAUCCCACAACACAUGAGAUUAACUCAACACAAACCAAGCCUAAUCUCCACCUUCGAUAAUCCGAUCAGCUGGUCUGUUGAAACAAAUAACGACGGAGAAAGACGCCGGAUUCUGAACGUUCCGUCACGGAAACUUAAACCCAAAUCUGACGAAAGAAACCAAACACCGAAUGAUAAACCAGUGAGAUCCAACCCUAAAGGUAAAGGCCGAGCCUUGCAAGCCCCGACUGGGAGAUUUAAACCUACUAUACAACAACCUCAUUUAAAACGUCAGCUGAUUCCUCCCAAUUCACCGGAAGUUGAUCAAACUCUAAUCAAAACAAAGAAAUCGGACGAUAUCAGAAACUCAAAACCAGAACCACAUAGACCAUCUAUUAGAACUCAGGAAAUCUUAAACAUCAAAAUCCCUUAG